AGGAGAUCAACAGCGGCACAACCAUAGAAAGAAACAACCCCGUCAGGAUGUUUAAUUGAUCACCCUACAUCAGCAAAUCCCUUGUACGCGAUGUCACUCUAGUGGCUCACGUUGUAUCAUCUCGCCCACUGUUCCCUGGAGCCCUGCUAUCUCAUAUACUCGCAAUGGUCACUUCUGGAGGGCUGAAACUGUUGCGUUCCACAUGGCAAGCCUGGAAGAAGCUUAUCGGCCAGCCUGAUAAUCUGCAUGAAGCAUUUGUCCGGACGGAGAACCAAAGAGGCGUAUAUAUCGAGUUAGACCAGAGCGACCGAGAUGAUGUUGAAUUGUAUGACAUGGCGAAUCAUGGGCAACCAGCGGCUGAAUCGCAUGGCACCAGAACUAUAUCGCGACGAGAGUAUAACCGAGCUGUGUAUGGUGAUUCUAUAGCAGAGGGAUCCUUCGACAGCAAGCCGUCAUUGCCCGAUAACUCCACAGUCGACGAACCGACAGAAGAUGAAAAACAUACACUUCGUAAAGUGCCAGACAAACUGCCGCACAGCGCCUUCAUGGUUGCUAUCGUUGAGCUAUGUGAACGGUCAGCCUUCUAUGGCCUUUCUGGCCCAUUCCAAAACUACAUUGCAAACAAAUACCACGACCCCAACGGUCUCCCUGGCGCAAUCGGGUUGAAUCAAGCCGGUGCAACAGGUCUGACUAACUUCUUUCAGUUCUGGUGCUAUAUCACUCCUAUCAUUGGUGCUGUUGUUGCAGACCAGUAUCUCGGCAAGUACCUCACUAUCGUUUACUUUUCCGUCAUUUACAUCGCCGGCCUGAUAAUUCUCUUCGUCACAUCUCUUCCCUUCGUCAUCGAGCGUGGAGCCGCUCUUGGUGGUCUCAUCGCAGCGAUGGCUGUCAUCGGCCUGGGUACAGGCGGCAUCAAAGCUAAUGUGUCCCCACUCAUUGCCGAGCAAUAUACAAACACUCGCGCUACCAUCCGCGUGCUCAAGUCCGGCGAACGUGUGAUCGUAGAUCCGGCCAUCACCAUCCAGAGGAUAUAUAUGAUAUUCUACCUGUGCAUCAACCUCGGCUCGCUUUCGCCCAUCAUCACAACCAACCUAGAAAAACACGUCGGUUUUUGGAGUGCAUACCUCGUCCCCCUGAAACUCUUCGUUCUCGGCUUUUUCGUCCUCAUCUCCGGCAAGAAACACUACGUCGUACGCCCUCCACGCGGCUCCAUUAUCAUCGACUGUUUCCACGCCCUCCUCAUCGCCCUACGCAAUCACGGUGAUAUCGACGCUGCGCGUCCCUCGACACUUCCCGGGCGUUCCGUAAACUGGGACGAACAAUUCAUCUCGGAGCUCAAAAUUGCGAUCGCUGGGUGCAAGGUAUUUCUCUUCUACCCGUUCUACUGGGUUGUCUGUAUCCAAAUGAGCAACAACUUCGUGUCGCAAGCCGGUCAAAUGGAGCUACACGGCAUCCCCAAUGAUGUCAUGCAGAACAUCGACCCAAUCACCAUCAUCAUCUUUAUUCCUAUCCUCGACCGCGUCGUAUACCCGGCACUGCGCAGGCUUGGUAUCCAAUUCAAGCCCAUGACACGCAUCUUCUUCGGCUUUCUUCUCGGAAGUGCCGCAAUGGCGUAUGCCGCCGUCGUGCAGCAUAUGAUAUACAGCCGUGCACCAUGCUAUGACACGCCCCUCGUGUGCACUGCGGGCCUCAAUGUGGACGGCUCGUACGCGCCAAAUAAGAUCCACGUUGCGGCGCAGACCCCUGCGUACUUUUUUAUCGCGCUGUCCGAGAUCUUCGCUGCUGUCACAGGGCUUGAAUAUGCAUUCACCAAAGCGCCUACUAGUCUCAAAUCGUUCGUCAUGAGUCUGUUCCUGCUGACAAAUGCAUUUGGGGCGGCAUUGGCGGCGGCGAUCAGUCCACUGAGUGUAGAUCCGAAACUGGUAUGGAUGUAUGCGGGGUUGAGUGUUGCCUGUUUUGUAGCGGGGAUGGUCUUCUGGAGGCUGUACAGUAGGUAUAAUAGUACGGAGGAGGAGUGCAGCGAAUUAGAAAAGAUACCAAAGAGCCCGGAACCAUUCCGAGUGACGAGACGGAGCUUUGAGGAUUCGAGAGAAGACAGGGAGGAGUGAGUUUGUGGAGACAGUAAAAUCCUUCCGACUUCUAGGAGAAUUAUUGGCUACAAUACUCUCUCAAUCGCCUGAAGCUUAAACGUCUGGUGACACAUGUAGCAUUGCUGCUAGAAUUAUCAUUCAUAAGACAUACAUUUGUCCUCUUAUAUGU